UUUCUUCCAUCUUGUGCAAGCAGUUUCUCCGGUCCAUGCUAUACCUGACUGACUAAAUCAUAAAUAGCAGCGGGACGUGAAAAUUUUCGUUAGUCCGCUAUGGAUUCGUGGAGUGUAAAGGCUUUCGUAUUUUUCCUGAUUGUUUCGGCAUCGCGUAGAAAUGUUCAACCGCAACCGCAAAAUUUCAAUACCAAAAAGAUCGUUAUCGAUAUCAAUAAUGGUGUCAUUACGAUCAACGAUCCGCCGUCGUAUAGUGAGUACAAACACAUCUCCGAUAAUCCAAAAAUUCGGCAAUAAAUAAUAUUUCCUAUUGUUCCAUUAAUAUAGCAAAAUAUAAUAUAAUAGCUGGUUAAUAAAGCAUAAUAAUUCGAGAAUUUGUCCAUUACAGUAUUCUGAUUUGCGAACAAUAUAUUGUAAUAUAAUUCACUUUUUAUCAAUUUUAUCAUAGACUAUGCGAUUACAAGUUCCUUAUGCAUUUUUGUUUUUAUUCUUAUUUACAUCCUUUUCCCAAGAGAGAGAGUCCACUCUUUUCUGUGAAUGUCUUUUUAUCGUCGAAAAGCCAAACAAAUGGAGAGGAUAGUCGGCGGAAGUUACGCGAACGAAGGUCAAUUUCCGUUCAUGGCCGUCGUCCACCGACUGAUUGACGGUAGGAGGGUUUCUCAGUGUGGCGGUACCAUCAUUUCGGAAAGAUGGGUGCUGACCGCGGGUCAUUGUAUCGCGAAGUAUCCGCGAAGGUUCUUCGUGAUAUUUGGAAUCGUCGACAAGACCGGGAUCGGCUACAACGUGAACAGGGGACCCGGAGUCUCGAUGAUGACGACGCGAGCUCAUGUACAUCCCAGUUAUUUCUUCAGUAAAAACGAUAUCGGACUGUUGCAGAUGCCGGAAGAUAUUCCCUUUUCAGAGAAAAUUCAACCGAUACCUCUGGCUAGUCCAAAGGAUGGUAAAGUCAUGGCCGAUACGAUGGCCUAUGUGGUUGGGUGGGGUCGCGAUGGUUUCGGUGCCACAGGUACCAAGAGGCUCAAAUACGUUCUAAUGCCGUUGAUCUCGAAACGCAAAUGCGUUAUGUAUUGGAAGGUGGACUAUAGAAAUAUAUGCACGAAACCGGGACUAGGGAAAAAUGCGUGUCAGGGUGACAGUGGGGGUCCGCUCUUUAUAAUGAAAGACGAUCGACCGCUGCAAAUCGGUAUUGUAAGCUACGGAGACGCAAACUGUCCAAGUGGUAGACCCGGAGUGUACACCAGAGUAGCGGCGUUCGCGGGAUGGAUCCGUGACGUCACUGGAAUGCGAUUCUAAAUAAAUAAACUAAUAGUGAUGUAAAGAUAUCGUGUCUUCCUCUAAUUACGGAACCCUAAUAAUCGCGAGUACACGCGUCACCCUGUAAUCUUCCUUGAAAUUGCAACUAUUCUUCUUCCCUUCUCUUCUUUUCUUCAUCAUUCGUGCACUCUUCUGCGAAUGGCACGUUACUCUCUAAGCGAUCAUAACUUCCUUCCAAAUUGCAUUACCGCGAGAAUGCACGUGUUCUACUUUACUCUAGCGCGCAAUUAAAACAGAAGAUAAUUACAAACGAUUUUCUUUUCUUCGUUUUCGGCUUCAUUUAUCUUCAUUUUCGCCGAGUUAUUAUCCAUCGAGCUGACUCGUAGGAUAAUUCCGGGCUAAGACGAUAAGAUGGAUAACAUUCACGAUAUUAUCGACAGUGUCAACGAUGUUGAUACCAUUAUAAUAAAACAAGUAUUAAAAUUUUUUCAAACAAUUAUAAAAGAC